GUUUGUUUGUCGAGAUACAGAACAGUCAAGAUGUUUUCAUUCCUGUGCAUCCUUCUUUCGUGUUUCACCAUAAGUGUGUUCGCUCAGGAAAAUGGCACCCUAUUUCCUUAUGGGAAUUCAGCAGAGUUUAACGACUCGAUGAUGCUAAUUAGGGGCGAUGAUCAUUUUGCUUCGUUAAGCUUCUCCAAUUCCUUUAAGUUUGACGGGGUGAGCUACAACGAAGUCAGUAUAUCGGAUAACGGGUUUGUAAGUUUCGACGAUCAGCUGGAUAGCCUACAUCUUGCUCCUCUCGCACACGAUGUAGAUAUCAGAAUCUCCGGCAAUGUCUACUUCAGGACAUCAGAUCAAGGAACUGACCAAACAACAUACAGUAAAGCUGAGCGUGCAAUUCGAAUUGCUACACCAGAGUUUAUCGGCCGUUCUUUACUGACAAUUGUGGUUGCUUCGUGGAUACUAGUACCUCCAUUCGGGUCCUCACAAGGGUCAAGUACGUUUCAAGUACUAAUCGGAACAGAUGGGAAGCUGACCUACGUUAUCUUUAACUAUGGGGAAAUCGACCAGAGUUACGCUACUGUUAUAACUGAUAGCGAUGUCAACGUGUUAAUUGACCUCUCCGACGUCGAUCUGUUAUCAACUAGUAACUAUGGAGUACCAGGAAGUUGGAUGUUCGAAAUUUCAGAUACUUUUCGUGAGAUAGGGAAAGUUCAAUGCGAACCAACCAACCCUUGUGACAAUGGAGGAACGUGUGAGAACAAUACAUGUGUUUGUCCCGAGGGUUUCAGCGGAAACUUCUGUCAUUUAGAUGCAUGUGAUAGUAUUUGUGUCGAUGGAACGAUCUGUGAGCAAGGCUCUUGCACAUGUCCAGCAGGAUAUGCUGGCAAUAUGUGUCAAGAUAAGCUGACAUCUGUUGAGUGCGGGAGUACUUCAAUGACCGUCAACAUAGAUAAACGGCUAGUCCCGGGUGACGCAUCUGGUGUUCAUUUUCGAAACCACUCCUGCUACGGUGUAAACAGCUCUAUCACUGAGAUCACUCUCACUACAAACUACGAUCAAUGUGGCACCACCUUUGAGGAGGAUAACACAACUAUUACCUUCACCAACGUGAUCACUUACGCCAAGCCUGGUUCGGAAGACGGUACAGUGAUCACCCGUGAAUAUCACAUGCAGGUUCGGGUUGAAUGUUGCCUCAAGAAAGAGGAAAUCGUCAGUGGAUCCUUCAGACCACAGCUUGGUGAGGUGUCCUUUAGCGACAAGGGCUCUGGUGACUUCAGUUUGAAAUUGGAAAGGUUCCAGACAUAUUCUUUUGAGAAUAAGGAACUGGACACCACGUCAUUUGUCUUGCAACAACAGAACCUCUUCCUUGCUGUGGGUCUCAACUCGGUAUCAAAUGUUGGUAUGUUUAUUGAAAGCUGCUGGGCGACAACCACUCAAGGCUCGGAUACCGUUCCACAAUACUCUCUAAUUUCUUCAGGUUGCCAAGAUGAUGGAACAGUUGUUAUCAAUCGUCUCCUAGGAUUGAAUCGAGAAGGCUUUUCUUUUAAAGCGUUUGCCUUUGUUGGAGAUUAUACUGAGGUGUACAUUCACUGUUUAGUGAAUGUCUGUGGUGCCGUGGAGGCUCAAUCGAUUCGAGACGCAGGAUGCCCCUCAGAAACUCCACCCUCAGAUCAACCUCCAAACCCCGACCGCAAACGUCGAUCUUCGUCCUUUAUGUCCACUCAGACAAUCAGUAAUGGUCCGAUUCAUAUUCGUCGCUCAACCAGUGAUAUGGCUACUAAUGAUUUGUCUUCCUACAACCCUCUUGCGAUGCUCCUCCUUGGAAUGAUAGCAAUAUUGGUUGCUAUGGCAAUCCUGAUGGGUGUGGUCAAGCUUGUUCGUAUUUCAUCCGAUAACAAUUACUAUCAGCGAGUUCAUAUUGCUGAAUCCAUGGAAGGAAUUUAGAAAUUUUCCAACUCUAUCGAAAGUUGAUAUGAUAUCGAAACAGGAUAUCGCACAAAGUCGUCUAAAUCGUACAAACAGGGCCCCUGACUACAUGUACUCAGCAAAUUAAAAAAGGGGGACAUUCUCUAUUGUUCAAAACUGUCAUUUAAACUGUCAUAAAAUAUUAUACAGAUAUUGACUGACAGGGGGUGUAAUAUUGUAUAAUAUUAAUGAAAAAUUAAUACUUUACCAACGACAGCUAUUUAAAAGUUCGUAUACAGUGUGUCCAAUUUCGUCAUUUUUCUGAGUGUAUUACUACUACUACUAUGUGUAAUAAUAAUAAUAAUAAUCUUUAUUGAAAGGGGCACCUUUCAUAAAGGAGAGUUAUAUAACUCAGUACAAAAUAAAUGAGAUCAUCAAAGUAAGGAA